CUAACGCUGACUUGUAAAACACGAAUCAGCGAGUAUUAGAUUCACUCUCACCCACUCCACUACUGAGUCGAGAGAUCGUCGGCGAUAGGGUGUAGGAGAAAGGAAUCUGGAAAAAAAUGGCGUCGAACCAAGUGAGGGCAUCCCACAUACUCAUCAAACACGAAGGAUCUAGGCGUAAAUCUUCAUGGAAAGAUCCAGAAGGUCGCAUCAUCUCUAACACCACCAGAGACGCCGCCGUUUCCCAGCUCAAAUCCUUUCGCGAUGACAUCAUCUCCGGCAAGUCCAAGUUCAAAGAUGUUGCUUCUCGCUUCUCUGAUUGCAGCUCUGCCAAACGCGGUGGCGAUCUAGGUCCAUUUGGUCGAGGGCAGAUGCAGAAACCUUUUGAAGUUGCAACUUAUGCACUGGAGGUUGGUGAUAUCAGUGACAUCAUUGAUACUGACAGUGGUGCUCACAUAAUUCUGAGAACCGGUUAACAUUGGUGGAGAAAGUAUCUACAGAUUCAAGAGCAAUUGCAAGUUGUAACGUUUUUUUUUUUUUUAUUAAUUUUGGUGUUUCAAAGACUACCCUUCCCACGUUUGUGUCGUAUUGCAGCAACAAAAUUAUAUAUUUUGAUUGUAUUAUCAGUCAAAUACAACUCCAGAUGCUUGAUGUUUAUAGACGUUUUAAUCCAUGUGUUGAGAGUUUCUUAA